UUUGUUGAUAAAACUGUUAAUUAAAGGUUGUUAGUUAAAGUAUAGGUAGUUAAAGGUUUGAGUUACUUAUGUGUGAAAACACAGGAGGUAACGGAGGAGCUAAUGCUAACAAACAGAGAGGCUAAACUGUCGUAAACACUGUUAUUAAAACAUAAUAAACAACAAUCACCUUUAUUCAGGGUUUUUAUUUAUUUCGUUUAUUCCCUUUGAAUUUAAAUCCUAAGACUUCUUCCGUAAAAUGUUGUAAAAAUAAGAGAAAUAUUUAUUUAUCUUUAAAAUCCUAAAGCAGUUCUUUCUUGGCUUCAAUACAAUAAAAUUCUAAUUUUUGCCGGAUUUUAAAUAUUCCAUUUUAAGGUCAAAAGAUGUCCGUCAGCUGGAGGUGAGGGUCUGUUAGAGGGGUCCUGAUGUCGGCCCUAAGGAGGUCGCUGUUUCUUCUGGGCGGGGCUUCCCGGAGCAGCUCCUCCCUCAUUGGCUCCUCCCUCAGUGGCUCCUCCCUCGUUGGCUCCUCCUCCCCGGGUAUGGUUCUGCUCUCAAGCUCAACGGAUGUGUUCCAGAACCUGGCUCUGGAGGACUGGAUUGACGCUCAUGUUGACCUCCAGCAGCGCCGCCUCCUGCUGCUGUGGAGGAACCGGCCCGCCGUGGUGAUCGGGCGCCACCAGAACCCGUGGGCCGAGGCCGACCUUCCCCACAUGAAGCGGGCAGGGGUACCUCUGGCCCGGAGGCGCAGCGGGGGGGGGGCGGUCUACCACGACCUGGGAAAUCUGAACGCCACCUUCUUCUGCUCCAAGCAGGCGUACGACCGGGGGAGGAACCUGGGGGUGGUCACCGGCGCUCUGAGGAGGGUCCGACCAGACCUGGACGUCAGAGCCACGGACCGGCUGGACAUCGUGCUGAACGGGGACCUGAAGAUCUCAGGAAGUGCGUCUCGGCUCAGCAGGAAGUCCUCAUACCACCACCUAACUCUACUGCACUCGGCCGACCGAGCCUCUCUCUCCUCGAUGCUCCGCCCCUCCUGCUCUGGUAUCCAUAGCAACGCCACGCCAAGUGUCCGCUCGCCUGUCACCAACCUGAGAGACCACGCCCCCUCUCUGAAGUGGGAGGAGCUUCUGGAGGCGCUGCAGCUGCAGUUCAACAAAGAGUUCGGCCUCAGCGCCGCCCUCUCCCCGGUCGACCCCUCCGAUGACUCGGCGUUCCCCGGUGUGGCUGCGGCGGCGGCGGAGCUGCGUGGCUGGGACUGGACGUUCGGGAAGACGCCGAAGUUCAGCCUGAAGACGUGUCUACCGCUGGGCCCCGGCCGGGGGGGGGCGCUACUGCAGCUGGAGGUGAGGAGCGGCAGGAUGGAAAACGUGGAGCUGAUGGUCUCCAAGGACUGGAUCCCCGAGAGGCUGUGCGUAGAGCUGAGCGCUGCCAUGACUGGGGAGAAGUUCUGCAGACUGCAUGCGGCCGCAGCGUUUAAUGCAAUGUCGCAGCGGGGGGGGGAGGACGGCGUGCUGCAGCACAGACUGGACGUCCUGUGUGACGCUGUGAUCAACGCCAUGGGCUGAAACUCAGCCAGGGACCCGGAGCACCCUGAAGCACUGGUGUUGAUGCUCAGAAAAUACAGAUUUAAACAAAUAAGGUUAUUUUGUAUGUUUCCUGUUGACUCAGUGUUGAUCACAAUGUUACACCAUGAACAGGUGGGAGUUGAACCUGCAAAAACUUGAACUUAAGGCCACUAGCUCUACCCACUGAGCCAUACACCUGUCUGGAUAUGCUGGGAGUUCUCUGAGAAUUUGUAUUACCUAUGAUUAAAUGAGAAAGUGUUUGAAUGUAUAAGAAAAUAAAGACAAAUAUGUUGUGUUUUGA